UUGAGAUUAUCUUUGUUAUUGCUGCCCGAAGAAAAAGAUGACUUCAGUUUUGUUUACGUUGGCUGUCUGACAGAUUAGAAAUGGCGAAAUGACUUUAGGGCCCUGUUGAACGUCCAUUUUCUGAUGCUUGUUUAUUUUGCUAAAUGGAUCUGUGCCCAGGCUAUGUCUAAUAGCAAACAGGGUUUAUUUCGUUAGCAUUAGCUCUCCGGACUAACAUGGAGGAACCGUGGGAUUUCGAGUUCCUCUCUCGCGUCGUUGACAGUUUAGUGUCAUUUCUGGCCGAAUUUGUGGACGACUGGCUGGCCAACGACAUGAGAGUCGCCGUGUUCAAAAUUCUUUUCAGCUGGCUCAUCCUCAGUUUAAUCGCCAUACAUUUCGCUUGGAAAGUUUACGGUAACACGGUGAACGAUAUGUACUACAGGCAAGGAACUGGGGGACAGAAAGGUGGCACACCAGAUACAGCACCUCACCUGAGUGGAUGGGAGAAUGCUGCCAGAGAAAUCCUGAAGUCACACCAUGAGUGAUCAGACACCAGCAGGGUUCAUUUUUUGGCUUGAGAUGGGACCACGGUGAAUAAUAUGACCCAAGGCUAACUGUAACUGCAUUGCUGCAAGAUGAAAAAAAAACAACAACCCAAAAAUCAUUCCAGAGAUGCUCAUAUGAAGGCCUUGGGAGGGCAUGGUGAUAUCCGUGGCACAAUAUUAAUAAAAAAGGAACCAGUUUUGUGGCUUGAUGAAAAGGAUUCUUAAACUGAUGUUUAAGACAUCUAGGAACAAUUUGAUGGAAAGACUCUUUGUAAUAAGUAAAUUAUUUGAAUCCUGAUAUGGAUUAAACUUCUUGUCCAAUCUUGUACACACAGCAGUGAAGACCAUAUAGCUCUUCUAGUCUCGGCCUGCUCAGGUUCUGUGCAGAAACUAUUACAUUACCAUUUAUUUAUAUCAAGAUAUUUAGCAUUACUUAUUUUGCAGGCAAGUUCAUUCCAGCUGAGAUCAAAUUUACCACAACAAUAUAUCUAAUUCUUAGUGAAUUUGUUAACUAUUUUACAUUCAACAGAUGACCCAGAAAAAAAACCCAUUACAAUGCAGUGCUGUCUUAUAAGUCUUACCGAAAAUACUGGGACUUCACCCUAAGUUUAUUAGCAGCUCUUAUUCUGUCCUUGACUGAAUAAAAAUAAAAGCAAGCAUGUUCAUAGGUGUAUGCAAAUAACUAAUGUAUUUGUCUGCACACUAACCAGGCGGUUGUUUUUGCAGAAGAACAGACUGUUUACCAAGUCACACAUAUGCAUGUGCACUCUGAGUGAAAGAUACUGACACACUGCUGUGGAAAAACAAUAAAAGGUCAUUCUUACA